AUGGAGGAUGGUAUGGGGAAACUGGAGGACGAUAUCACUUGGAGUCUCCUUCUCAAUCUAACUAAGCCUCAAACUGUCCUCAGACCGAAUUAUAAAGCUUGGAUAACGGGGCACGACUGGACGAAUUGGGGUAGUUUCCAAGGCGUAUAUCUUGUAGCCGCGAUAACGCCUCAAGGCGAAGCGAAGACAGGUACAGACCUGAGGGUACAGACCGGUCUGGGAAAGGGUGCUGUUCAGGUAUCUUUGGGGCAGCCUCCUUUCCGACCAAUACUACAGGCCAGAAUCGAUACGAUCAGCUUAUCAGUUCGGCCCAUCCCGUCCAGUCGGACGGAAUCGAUCUCCCAGUGGUCAUCACCAUUUAGCAUUCGACAACCCGUUCGUCUUGCUGCUAACCGGCCGGUGUCAGAGCCAGGUUUCCUGUCGCCUCGGCGCUGGUGUGCAAACAAUGAUACCGUCCCGACUGGCCACGUAACCAGCCUCAGCAUGACAGCAAACUUGGUUGGCAGGGUUAGAAGUGUCCCGUCGGUUCAGUGGGUCUCUGGGCCAGCGGGCAAUGACGCCGGUCACCGCGGCAAAAGAGGUGCCUCCAAGCGCUUGACCUCGGGUUUUGGUGGGUUCAGGUCAAGUGAAGAGCGUCCAGCGUCAUCGCACUUUAGACCUCAUUGCAUAAUCAUUCGGCGUUGGGAGUCCUUAGCCGCGACAGAGAAGGAUUGA